CCAACUUUCGGAAUGAGGAAGUAAAAGAGCGAGUUUGGCAAGUUUUGUGGUGUUACCCUGGUUACAGAGCUCGAAAAAGUAGUGGAAGAUAUAUUACUAGUUUAAAACUAUUUCACUAAAAUAUAAAUUUCAAAUGGACAUAACCUUGAUUUGUUAAUAAUAUCAUAAAAUACUAUUUCUAAACGGAUACCGAAACACCUGUGCUACUACAAUUCACGAUGGCGGAAUAGAUCGACUAAACGAAGAUAUAUAUAUCUAUAUACGUAAACGUUUAAACAUAUGUGCUUUGGCUGUCAUGUCUCGUUUACUGUUUCCAGGAUUACUCUUUGUGGUCGCAGUCAUCUUCACUUGCUGUAUUCAGGUUUCACUCUGUGAUCUGGGGGAUACUUGUUCCACAAAUGAAAACUGUACAUCGACUGUGCAGAACAGUUUCUGUGACAACACUAUAUGCCAAUGCAGCGAAUCAUUCUAUCAACAAGCAAACACGUCUUGUCAGGAAAAAGUAGCUUUGGGACAAGCAUGCACCUCAACUACUGCAUGCAGUGAUCCCAAUGCUGAAUGCUCUGGAACAUGUCAGUGUAAAUCAAACUACUACCAAGACGGUACAUGUAAAAUGAUGACUGACCUCACGCCAAAUAACAUCAGCUUUGUCAACAUACACCGUAAGAAUGCCACUGUGAUGUGGGAUCAAACCAGUGAUUUUACUGGAAUCUCAAGGUAUAAUAUAUCGUGGUCACCAGACAACGGCGUCAAGCACAUAGGCAGUUUAGGAAGAUCAUCCAAUAUAACAAAUCUGAACCCAGGAGUGACGUACACAGUGACUGUUACUACGAUCCUUGAUGCAAGUAUCGGGAAUAAUCGAAUUGGUGCUUCAGCAACGGUGACAACAAUACAAGCUCUCAUGGAGCCGUGUUCAUCAACAGUUCUCUGUGGACCAGAUCGGUAUUUCGCUGACUGUGUUGACAAAUUGUGUCUGUGUGUUCCUACAAGAUACAGAAAUAGUGAUGGAAACUGUCAUAAGGUGGAGGAGUUGCUUCCAAGUUCUUUUAAUGUCAACAAAGUGUUAUCAUGGAGUGCUGAGUUUACAUGGAGUGUGUCAAAAUACGUUUCUCAAGCCCAAGGUUCUAGCAUCAUAUACGAGGUAACCGUCAACCCUGGUGGUCGGUCAAAUUCUACAUCUGGUACAUCGCUGACAGUCAACCGACUGACUGCUGGGCAGUCAUAUUCUGCUAGAAUUGUGACAAAACUUCAACAAGACGGGAAAAACGAAAAUAUUACCAGCACUGAAACACCGUCAUUCUCGACCAGUAAGAUUGACAACAAUAUGACUUGCAGAUUUGGAGACACGUGCUCUGACAACAAUGCCUCCUGCAGUACUACAGACCCUAAACGAUGUCUUUGUAAACAGGGAUACUUCUGGAAUGGAAACCCACUUGUGUGUAAACCAGUUUUGUUGUUAACACCAAACAUUGUUAAUAUAUCCACAACCAGCACCACUUCCCUCGAAAUCAGCUGGUCACCUCCUGAUGAGUAUGCAGAUAACGUGACUAGAUAUGAUGUGGAGUGGACACCUACUGGUAAUGGGUCGGUUUCUGUCUAUGACAACAACACAGCAGAUAUCACACACCUCACUCCAGGACAACUGUACAAUGUCACAGUGCAAUCUGUCAUCGUCCAGGAGGGAAGGAAUCAGUCAGCCGGAUCCACACCUCGCUCACAACGAACAACCCCUGCCAGACCGGGUCCAUACGACGACGUCAAGAGCAACACAACAGCCCCAAACAUGACACUGUACUUCUACAGAUCGCAGGGAAUUGUUAGCAACUACAUCGUUAUACUGACUGGAGUUUCUUCAAACUACAAUCGGACUCAAACUAUAUCUCCAUCAGGACAACAAAGAGAAACCGUUUACGUCGGUGGCAUAAUACCCGGAGACUACUACAAUCUGGAAAUCAUCGCAAUCAGCUCUGGUGUUCGAAGUGAACACUACAUCCACGAAAAUAUCCGUGGCGCGGUUAAAGCACCUACCAGUGUUACUCAUUUUUCUGUUUCCAACAUCACAUACAAGUCGAUGUUUGUACAGUGGGAAGCUCCAGCUACUCCAAACGGUGUCAUAUAUGGAUAUAUUUUAACUCUACAAAUACAACAAAGCCAGAGCUGCCAACAGAAGAUUGUGUUCCGCUGCAGUGAUUGUCCAAAUAUGAGUAUGGUUGAUAAUGAUAAACAUUGCAGCGAUAUUUCACAGACCGUAAUCAACAAGACAAGAAGUUUUCUGAAUAAUCCCGGUGUUCACUUUAGUUAUACACUGACAAAUCUUCUUCCGUUCAUGCUUUACACGACUGGAGUGAUUGCUGUCAAUGAACUUGAAUACGGACCUUAUGUAAAGUUACACAACUUGACUGACACAAAAGCUGCUGCAACACCAACCGGCUUUUCUAGUUCAGCGGUAACACAUUCAUCAGUAACAUUGAACUGGAUACCGGAGACACCUCAACCAGGAUUAACAAACUACACACUGACCGUCUUUGAGAGAUCAGAAACUAAUCCAAGUUCCAGCAUCCAGAUACAACAGGCAGAAAUACCAGGUUGGAGUAAAACGACUUACAGUGUCACUAAUCUGUCUAGCUACUGGGAUUACACGUUCACCUUAUUGGCGACGACCUCUGCUGGGAUGUCUGCAUCUGCAACUACAUCAUACAUCAAGACAAAUGAAUCCGCACCUAUUGAAGCAGAAGGGUUCAACGUUAAAACAAUUGCUGAUAACUACACAGCCUUAAUUGUAAGCUACCAGUGUCCGAAGCAGAAAGAUGGAAGAAAUGGAGAAAUAAAGUCUUCUAACUUAACGUUCCAGUCAUUUCAGGCAAAAGUUGGUGCACCUAUUAAUGGUAACGAGAUGAUUAAACCCAGUGGUAAUUGUGAAUUUAAGACAACCGUAACCAUUACUCCAGAAGUCAACUACACGUUCUCUGUAAGUCUGAAGACAAUAUCGUUUGGGCCUGAAAUUUCCAAGACCAUCUAUACUCGACCUGGGCUUGCUCACCUGUCGCGACUAGCGAGUUUGAAAUAUAAGACACUGCUGUCUGUAGUUGCUCACCUGUCGCGACUAGCGAGUUUGGAAUAUAAGACACUGCUGUCUGUAGUUGCUCAUCUGUCGCGACUGACUAGCGAGUUUGGAAUAUAA